AUGUUUUCGUUCACAGGUAAUAUUAUCCCUGCCUGUAUUAUUUGGUUCGAAGCCAGGGAGGAUCACUGCCCCUUUCAAGAUCCUUUCUGGGCAUUUUAUUGGCCAGGUGGACAAGUCUUGGCAAGAUUUCUACUGGAAAACAGACAUUAUGUUGAAAAGAAAUCAGUGUUAGAUAUUGGAAGUGGUUGUGGAGCCUUAGCAAUUAUUAGUAAAAUGUUAGGUGCUACCCGUGUAGUUGCCAAUGAUAUUGACCCAGUUGCUAUCACAGCUAUAGAAAUGAAUUCAUCUUUGAAUGAUAUUGUUCUGGAAACUGAACAUAUAAUAAUGAUAAUUCUUCAUUUAAAAAAUUCUGACAAAAAUCCAUUUUCCUCUGUUUUCCUGUUUCUUGCUGUCUCUCUCUCUCUCGCUCUCUCGUGCACACUCUCUCACAAUUUCUCAUGCAUAUUCUUGUGCUCUCUCUCUUUCUCUCACGAUCUCUCUCAUGCAAGCUCUCUUGCUCACGAUCUCUCAUGCUUGCUCUCUCUCUCUCUCUCUCUCUUUGAGAGAUGA